CCCGCCGUUGCCUCCGCCGGGACGUUGCUGGCCCCGUGGCAAGGGGGGGGGGAGGAGUGAGGGACUCCCCUGGCUGUGACGUGUGUUGCCAUGGUGACGCCCGGCCAGCGUCUCACUCCGUGUGGAGAGGCUGGGGGACGACAACAAACAUGGCGGAGAGGAGCAAGACGGCAGAGCCGGGUAGUGACUUAGGAAGUGAUGAUAUCAUAGCAGGGAAUCUAAGCAAAUACGUCGUUCUCCCAGCUGGUUACUAUGGACAGCCUAAAAAAGGACAUCUUAUAUUUGAUGCCUGUUUUGAAAGUGGUAACCUUGGACGUGUGGAUCACAUCACAGAGUUUGAGUAUGACCUGUUCAUUAGGCCGGAUACCUGUAACCCACGCUUUCGAGUUUGGUUCAACUUCACUGUUGAAAAUGUGAAAGAGUCACAGAGGGUAAUUUUCAACAUUGUCAACUUCAGUAAAACAAAGAGUCUCUAUCGUGAUGGAAUGACUCCAAUGGUGAAAUCCACAAGCAGACCAAAAUGGCAAAGGCUGCCACCUAAAAAUGUAUAUUACUAUCGCUGCCCAGACCACAGAAAGAACUAUGUCAUGUCAUUUGCUUUCUGCUUUGACCGGGAGGAUGACAUUUACCAAUUUGCCUACUGCUAUCCGUACACAUAUACUCGGCUCCGACACUAUCUCGACAACUUACAAAGGAGGAACAUGGACUACUUUUACAGAGAAUUGCUGGGACUCAGUGUGCAACAACGGCAACUUGACCUGCUGACUAUAACCAACCCUGUAAACCUGCGGUCGGCUGAGCAGAAAGUGGUGUUCAUCACUGCCCGUGUCCACCCGGGAGAAACUCCCUCUUCCUUUGUAUGCCAAGGUAUAAUUGACUUCCUCGUGAGCCAACAUCCCAUAGCCAAAGUACUGCGAGAUCACUUGGUCUUCAAGAUAGCUCCAAUGCUUAAUCCAGAUGGGGUAUAUCUAGGAAACUACAGGUGCUCCUUGAUGGGGUUUGAUUUAAACCGGCACUGGGCGGAUCCAUCUCCCUGGGCUCAUCCCACGCUGCAUGGAGUAAAACAGCUCAUCGUUCAGAUGUACAACAAUCCGAAAAUUAGCCUGGAGUUCUAUAUUGACAUCCAUGCCCACUCCACUAUGAUGAAUGGCUUCAUGUAUGGGAACAUCUUUGAAGAGGAAGAAAGAUUUCAGAGACAAGCUAUUUUCCCUAAGCUACUCUGUCAGAAUGCUGAAGAUUUCUCCUUUUCUAGCACGUCCUUCAACCGUGAUGCUGUGAAGGCAGGGACAGGACGACGCUUCCUCGGUGGCUUAUUGGACCAUUCUUCUUAUUGCUAUACUCUGGAAGUCUCCUUCUACAGCUACAUACUUGGAGGAACUACUUCUACAGUCCCCUAUACAGAAGAAGCCUAUAUGAAGUUAGGGAGAAAUGUGGCCAGAACAUUCUUGGAUUACUACCGGCUAAACACGAUAUCAGAGAGACCACUGGCACCUAUCCCCAACACACGGAAAGAAAAAAUGCCCCCCUUCAAAUGUGGCCCCCAGCGGGGCCCAGGGAACAGCCACCCGGGCCGCAAGCUAGAGAAGAGAAGCCAGACGAAUCCUAUGGAGCACUCUCACUCGUCAUAAGGACAUUGGGAAGCAGGCACUGCGGAAGUGGAGUCUGAUCAGCCCCUUGGGGGGUUGAAAUUGGUCUUUUCCCCCCAGAUAAGUAAAAUAACAAAUAGUCAGGGGUGGGGUUGGGUGGCGGCGAAAUCAGCUAGAAAUGUUACACUUGUUUUUCUUUUUACCAAUGGUAAAUCAGUUCCAGGCCUUUUGGCGCAGCUCUGAAAAAUGUGAACAGAUUGAUUCACAAAAAUCAUUAACUGUAGCUGAACAGCCAUUAGUUACAACACAGGGAGGAGGGACCCCCCAAACCUCUCCCCCUCUGUCUUUAAAGGAGUCAUUGAUUCACUGAGCAAACAAUUCAAAGCCCCCCAUCACCCAGUGCAAUAUCUGCUCCUUCAGUGUAAAAUUCAGAAGGCUUUGUGCAAGUCUCAUGUGCUGUUGCAGUUACCGUGGGCUAUCGUGUAUAGAAAUAGCCCAGGGGGGGUAGGCAGGCAUGCUCCUGUGUACCCCGCUUUGUGCCAUCCUUCAUUUCCUGGCACAUAUUUUUGCUCUUCCAUCAGAUCUUGUCAUGAGACUCCUGUCGCACGGUUAAUUGAGAGAGACGCAUGCACACCGAUGUGUGUGAUGGUUCUCGCUCACAGAGCAUGAGCUGAGUUGUGAUGGGGGAGGACGUGUGGUGCCCAGCUGGACUCUUUGGUGUCACUAUUGUGCCUGCAGAAGCCAGUUCCUGGCAUUACGCUCACCAGCAGCCCAGGCUAGACCCGUAUAAGAGGCAUAGUCUGUGUUCCCCAAGCAGCUGCUGGGUAUGUACAGGAAUACGCCCAGACCUGCCCCCAGUGCAAUACCAACUGUUGGCAGCAUUGAUUGGCCUCCCCCUCUUGGUUGCUUCAUGAUGGGGGUGAGGGGCAAAGCACAGGGGACCCCCUGACUCUUCUUCCCCCCACCUCCACAAGCUAGUCUGCCCCAUAGUAUCUACAUGCAUUGAAACUUGUGCUAAAAGCCAUCUCCAGCGGGCAGCCUCCUCCCCAGGCCUCAUGUGACCGACCUGAAGUGUCCCUCUGCUUUUCAGGGAAAGUGAAUUGAAACUCUAGGUAAAAACCUGCUCACUGUUCCCUUCUGUGAUCACCUUCUGCAGGUUCUAUGGGGUUAUGAAACCAGAUGUUAGUGAUGGGGCUCGACCUCUCCAUUCCCAAACCCUGGGGAAGUUUAGCUCUGGAUCUUAGGGACAGAUUCUCAGCUGUUGAUCCCUGAUCCUGGGCUGGCCAUGGUGCUGAAAAGGCCCUAGGCAAAACUGAAAGCAGCUUUAGUUUGUUACAUUGGCUGCAGUUGUCUCACAUGGACUGCUGCACUAGCUGGGCAGCUGGCAAAGCGCUGGGCACUCCACUCCCCCCUGAAUAUCCUCAUCCUAUCCCCAGCGUGCCCCUGUCUGGUGAGUAUACAUGGCUCUAUGGGGCAUGAGGCUUCCCCUCUCAUAGGAGGAUGCUUGGCUGGCCCAUUAGGGCAGCUUUCCAUUUGCUUUGCACUGACAGGGAAGCCCAGGGCAGAAGAUACGGCUUUGAGUUCUGCACCUCGGGUACAGGUCUUGCCCACAGCUAUAUGCUGAUGUUUGAAUAUACAGCCAAACCUACAGCCUGUGCAUCAGUUGUAUCCUCCCACACACACACACACAGCCUCAUGGUGGGUAUAAAUGAGGGCAGAAUAUGGCCCUGUUUGGAUCUGAAAAAGAAGCAAGUCCCAAGAAAGUGACAAAACUGUAAAUGCACAGAUGUUGUCAAAUACAAUCUAUCAACCUGAUUUUUUUAAUCUCUGGGAAGGGGAGAGACGGGAGAAUAGGAAACAAGUUGAGAACAAGAAAUAAGAUAACCCACAGGAAGGAAAAUGAUAAAAACAAACUCAAUAUUGUCAGCAUUUCAAGGUUACAGGGUUAAACUGUGUGCAUUUUUAAGGAGGGUAAAAUGCCUUAAUAUGAUGAAUACCAAUGCACCUAAAAGGCACAGUCCUGCUUUCCUGGCUCUAUAAGCAAAGUAAUGAAUAGUGGGUGACAGUAUGAUAAUUAAAAUGACCUCUUGGAGAUAUGGAUUAGAAGGCACGCAGAGCGGGGAUAACUUGUCCUUUGAAUUAAUCUAGUGUUAAUUUAUUACUAUAGUUGGAUUUUAUAAGGUUUUAGUGGAAGACUUUCAAAGUUGGUUUACUUGGAGGGGAAAAAAAUGUUCCCUUUGCAUGUUGAUUGAAACAAAACACUUGCAGAAUUCCUUGGUGUUUCUUUCUGAAUGGCUCCAUGUAUCUAGGA